AUGGCUUCUCAACAUUCGCGUCUGUAUCGACGCCUUGUGAGGGAGGUGGCCAAGGCGAGUAUCGCUCCCCGGUCCCAGAGAAACCAGGAAAUCUCGACCAAUUUUCGAACGCUGUUCGAGAGGAAUCACCAGUCGGAAACAUUCCAGCAUGACGUGGAGGACGUCCUAACUUUCAUGCACUCGCAGAGGCAGUACAAGACGCUAUUGGAAAGAUACAAUCCCCUCGUUGAUUUGACAGCGGAAGAGCGAAUAGAGGCCACUGCCAGACGGUCAUCGGAAACUCUGGCAGCUAUACGAACCGCUUCUCGCCAUCUGGUAGAGGACCUUCAGACGGUUGCCUUCCCGACAGAGACCCCCGGAUAUUUGCUACCAAGGGUCCGUCCACCAGACAACCCCCUAAUCGUUCAUGUCUCCUCCCAAUAUAUGUUGCUGUCUUUACUUCCGGCUGGUUAUACCAUACCAAGUACUUACCGGGUCCUCAUCGAGCAUUUCUGGCCCGGCCCACUCACCUUGCUAUUCCCGCGUGAUCCCGCCAAAAUACCAAAAUGCCCUUCCCACCCCGUUGCGCGGGCUCUGAUCGCCAUCUCUGGCUCUCCUUUGGCUGCGCCAAGCGCUAAUUCUUCCGGGAAGCCAAGUCCCACUCGCCUCAUAUUAGAUGGUGGUUUUUGCGACGUCGGGAUGGAAAGUAUUCGUGUGCUCAGACCUGGCGGCGUUCCGGUGGAGGAUAUAGAACGGGUCUUACAACAGAAUUUUAAUCAAGGAGCAGUCCCUAAGGUCCUGGUCUACCGUCGCGACUUUUUGGACGAAGACAUCGAGCAGGCUCCGACUACCCCUGGGAUGAAGUACCGUCAUUACUCACCCUCGGUUCCGGUAAAGUUGCUGUGGACGAUAUCUAAACCACCUCCUGGAGUAGAGGUUAUUACACCUUUGGAUCUGUUAUAUUCCCUGAAGCGUUCCAUGACUUCUUGCACAUCGUUAAAAGUUGGGCUAAUGACACCAUCGGACUCCAGCAUUGUCGAAGGCCUUCUUAGUGACGCCGAAAUCCAGUGGCAUCAAUAUGUGCUUGGAUCCUCGGCGGAGCCAGCCGUGACGGCCCAACGACUCUUUGACGGUUUGCUCACAUUGGAAAAGGCUGGCGUUGAUAUCAUUCUCAUCGAAGAGGUUUCCGAGGACAGGGAGGGUUUAGGCCACUAUGAACAGGCAUGCUGGAUCACGAUGUCCGCGUAG